UAUUCAGGGAGGGUCGGAGACGACCACGGAUCCCACGGCUCCCAUUUUCACCUCCCCCCGACCCCACUCUCUCGGAUCCCGCGUCAUUUAAUACCUUAAAACCAACCCAAACUUUCCCCCGUUGAUAUUUUCCAUCAGUUCACCUGCCCUUUGGUCCCCUCUUCAUCUCCCGCCAAGAACAUCGAAGAUUCAAAACACGUGAUCAAAGUGAAUUCUGGACUUAAUGGAGAUGCAACACAGAUACUAAGCCUCCGUCUCCGCUGGAUCUCGAGGUCGCCCUCUGAGGCAGGUACCCAAGAUUAUGUUGAAGGAUGAAGACAUGUUUCCCACACUCGCCAUGGUCAACGACGAUAGACUCUAGAUUCUACAACCCCACAGUCGCCAUGAUCAACGACGAUAGACUCUAAGAGUCUGGAGCCACUACAACAGACUCCAAAGAAAAUAAAACACCUCCCCCUUCCCCCCAGAUCCUAAACAACAACGGGAAACUGUUUAUUGUGAGACUCGAACCCCCCCUGGGAAAUGCAGCAUAAAUAUCGUUGAAGACAAGGCCUACACCUGACCCCACCAUGAACGAGAUCACUCCAGAGAUCUCCACCGACGACACUUCGCUGCCCACUUGCAGCGAGGAGUGCGAGGGGGGCGACUGCUCCGGCGUCCGGACUGACGGUAACAAUGGGACUAGCAACGGCGAAAGCGGCGGGCGGACGCAGGCGGCGGUGCCUUCGUCGCUGCCGCUGGUGCCGCAGAAGAGCAUGAAGCCGCAUGCCAAGAACUGCUUCAGGCUGGUCAUCCUCGGCUCCUCCAGGGUGGGAAAGACCUCCCUAGUCUCCAGGUUCCUCAACAACAAAUUCGAAGACACGUACACCCCGACCAUCGAGGACUUCCACCGCAAGUUGUACAGGAUCCGGGGCGACGUGUACCAGCUGGACAUCCUCGACACCUCCGGCAAUCAUCCGUUUCCCGCCAUGCGACGCCUCUCCUUCCUCACAGGCGAUCUCUUCGUGCUGGUGUUCUCGUGGGACUCGCGAGACUCGUGGAACGAGGUGCUGCGGCUGCGAGAACAGAUCAUGGAGACCAAGCAGUCGGCCUCGGCCAACACGACCGGCAGCCGCAAGAAGCGAGCCGCCACGCGCGUCCCCAUGGUCAUCGCUGGGAACAAGUGCGAUCGCGAGCAGCGGGGCGUGACCCUAGAGGAGGUGCAGGAGUUCGUCUCCUCACUAAGCUGUUGUGCGUACGUUGAGACGUCGGCUAAGAAGGACAGCAACGUCGACAAGCUCUUCUACGAGCUCUUCGUGCUGGCCAACCUGCCCAUGGAGAUGUCGCCUGCACUUCACAAGCGAGUGUGUCCCGGCCAGACCACACAGGACUGCAUCAGCGGCAGCAGUGGGCUGCGGCACCGUGGCCUCUCCAUCCGCAGGCGGCUGAGCGAGGCUUACGGCAUGGUGGCGCCAAAUGUCCGCAGGCCGUCCAUCCGCACCGACCUGCUCAUCCUGCGAGCCAAGACCAGCCUCCACCUCAAUGGCAUCGACACCUUCUCGGAGAAGAAGCCCCGACGUGAGGUGUCCUGUGUUAUCCAGUGAGGUGCUAGCGAGGGGCGCUGUUAGCAUGCCCUCCACGGAGGCGUUAUACGAUGUCUCGGAAAGUGCUUGCAUGUUCAACAUUGAGGCGCUUUGAUGUCCUCCAUCAAAGUGUUUGCAGGUCCCACGGAAGCACUUGCCUUUUCUCCAGGGAAGCGCUUCGAUGCUCCGUGUACUCACUUGGGUGCUCCAGGAAGGCACUUGGAUGUCCCUUGGUAGGAACAUUGGAGGUCCCGUGUAGGCUCAUUCUGGAGGUGGUACUUGCACCAUUUUAAAAGGCAUUGGGAUCAUCUGAUAUGGUCUUGAACUGUCUUCAAGUUCUUGAGCAUUGUCCUGGGAGCCAGUAAGAUCGACCUCUAACCUGCACAAAGCCGCCCUGGCUGAUGGAUGACCUUCAUGAAAUAUUGGGGGUGAAAAACAGCUAAAUUUAUCUGAUUGAGAUUAAUAUAUAUAGAAAAAACUUGUGUUUGGUGUAGAACAAAAAACAACAAUGCUCAGCAAAGAAAAUGUAUUUAUUAAUAUAACAGCCAUUGAUGGCUUACUGAACACCCCCAAGUGAACGGUAGAGUAAAGUGAUUACAAAAAAAGGCUCAAUAGGUCGUUAAUCAAAUUAGAUAAAUAGGUAAUAUUUAUCAAGAAAUCAACCAAAGACACUGUUUUCCUGUCGCAGUAAGACUGACGAGUAUGAUGUUAUUUAUUGCAUUCAAACCUUUUAGGUGUGAUGUCAAGAUUUAUUAUAUAAUAAUAAUAUAUGACUGAAUAAGCCUGGCUGGCUAGGCUCUAAGAGUUAUUUUCUUAUAUCAUAUUACAUAUAUAAUGCAUAUAAUUAUAUAUAUAUAUAUAUAUAUUAUAUUAUAUAUAUAUGCGAAGAAGCUUGAAUGGUCCCCAAGCCAAUAUGCAAUAGAAAACUCUUCACCCCAGAAGGAUUCGAACCCAGACAGUCAGGGGCUCCAUGAACCUUAGCGUGUCCAGUACUUUCACCACUAGGCCACAACGACUGUUAAAAGUACUGGACACGUUAAGUUGCAUGGAGCCUGGGGAUGAGGAGUUUUCUGUUGCAUAUUGGCUUGGGGACCGGUAUAUAUAUAUAUA